UAACAUUAAGAAUUCAUGUAAUGUAGAAUCGGCCUCAUGCUUGUAAUUCGUUGAAUUGUUGACGCUUUUGGUUGAUGUACAAAACUACAUAAUAUUUGUAUUAAGAGGAAAAAUCAUGUAACAUUCUAAAUGAGAUUAUAAAAAUUCCUGUAAUGCAAGAAUGCACUAUUGGGUUUGCAAAAGAACCGUAACAUAAGGUCCCGAAAAAUUGGACGAAUCGUUAAUGCUUUGAGUUACAAAAGACCAUAAUUAAUAUACGUGGUAAACCAAUGCAAUGUAGUUUCUAGACUAAAAGAGAAUAUACCAUUGAGGAAUACAAUUUGUAUAUGCCAUGAUGGAUUACUAGGGAUGCUAAUUAGUCCUAUAUGUAGUAUACUUACUGUUCUUCCUCAUAUUCUGGGUUAAAGUUAACUGCUGCAAAUCUUCCUAUCUUUUCUUUGGUAAACACACAGAAGAAAGCACAGAAUUGUCAAUCAAUAGUCCUCUCCCCCUUUCAUUAACUCAAUAGUUCAGUUCAUAUUCAUUCCAUUAUGAACGAGAGUGCUUUCCAAGACCCUAAGUUGCUCAACUCUUUACAAAAGAGGCAUUUUGUUCCCAUUCCAAAGCUUGGUCCAAACAGCAAGCUAAUUACGAUACUGGAAUCGACAGCUUCCAGUGACAAAGACGAAACCAGGAAAACACAGAAGUAAAAGAAAGAUGGAGCUACCGAUCUGACUUUGAGUUAUUUGUUGGAGACCAUUUUUGAGCUUCUGUGGUAAAAGGUUAUACAGAAGGAAGAGAAGACGCAGCAAACCUAAGAAUGCUUCUAUCUACCACAUUGCUGAAACUGAAGCUGUUGAUAACGUUUAUUAUUGUUUGGAAAUCAACAUCCGUCGCCGAGCUUGGUAACGCGAGCUUGUAAUCCGAGUGGAGGCAAUAAUGUGGUGGAACAUUGGGCCGGCCUCAAGGGCUGGGCUUGAUGAGUCAGAUUUCUGGCUUGCCCGCUCCAAGCUUGGAGUUGGGCCAGGAAGGUCGGCGAAGGCCGAGUUGACCUGGUUCCUAGAGUCGGCGGAUAAAGCGUCAGGCUGGUUUCACAGAGCAGCGCGGCUUCCCGCUCCAGGCAGUGGAGGGAUAACAGGCCGGUGACUCUCAGGCCCGUAUAGCCUGUCGGGCUGUCCAAACUGGACCAUCACUUUUUCUCUUGGCCCAGUUCUCUUUUUUGUCCAAAUAAAGCUGAUAAUGGGCCCGUGACUCUUCAUUUCAUGGAUGGAUCACUACUUUUUCAGGCCCAGUUGUCAUUAUGGGUUGGUGCUUUAUUAAUCAUUAUAUUGUAAAGUACAAUUUAAAACUAAUUACGAUCAAAAUAGAACAUAAGAAAUUGA